UAGAUAUGAAAAAAAAAAGGCAAAGCAAUUAAAAAAAAACAAUUAACCGACUCGUCCCACUAAGAAGGAUACAAUGGUAAUUCCACAAAUACGAAUUCGAAAUAGUUUUGUUGCCACGUAAUAUCCGACGUGGCAUGUCCGGGCCUAGUCAGCUUCACCACGGCCUCUUCAGCUUCGGCUCUUUGCUCUUAUAAGAGCACCCAACCUCCCUUUACCCACACCAUCCAUCCACGCCAGGAAAAAAAUAAUUAAAAAAAAUUUCAACAAUUUUCUUUCUAGAUUUUUCUUCUACCUUUUAUUUGCCGGCGAAGUGAAUCUCCCCGGAGAAAUGAAAUUUCCGGUGACCUUUUCCCUUGUUUCCGCUCGUAGAAUCGCCGUUUCCGAUCACCGUCGUCAUGUGUUCCGUGAAAACCCUCGGAGCUAAGGAAACCUGAUCCGUCCCUAAACAACUUUUUCCUCCGUUUUAGUAUUUUUUUUCCUUCGAUUAGUGUUGUGAAGAUGAUCGUCUGAUUGCAGAAGCCGGAAUAGGUUUCUUCUCGUAGUAGCUGAGAGGUUUUGGUAGAUUCUGGUUUUUUCCUUCUUCUGUGGUUACGAAGCCCAGACGAUGCCAAUUUUGGGAUUUUGAUUGUUGAUUUUUGUUUCUGGAGAGAGAUCUGGGGCGCUUGGAGGAGAUGGAGUUGUAAAUGUGCACGAAUUUGUGGCGUUCUUGAGGGAGUUUGAAUUUUCUGUUUCGUCUUCUGUCUACCCUCUUUGAACGAGAACUGACUUGGACCAAACCGGAGAAAGAGAGAGAGAGUCGGAGAGAUAUUAGAUCUUCUGCUCAGUUGUCUUCUUAACUGAUGCCAUUUCCGAUGAAGAUCCAGCCGAUUGACAUCGAUUCACCGGCGGUGAGAGAGCCAGCUCGAGCGGAUUCAGGCAAACCAGUGCUCAAGUCUCGCCUCAAGCGGCUGUUUGAUCGGCCGUUCACAAGCGUCUUGAGGAGCUCGACCUCAGAGAAACCCAUCCCUGGCGCUGUGGAAGCUCAGUACGGCCGGGAUGGAGGUGCCGCAACUGAGUUCGAGCCAAGCUCCGUUUGCUUGGCGAAGAUGGUGCAGAACUUCAUAGAGGAAAACAACGAGAAGCAAUCCAAAUGUGGCCGCAACCGCUGCAAUUGCUUUAUCGGGAACAACGACAGGUCCGAUGACGAGCUAGAUCUGUUCGGCGGUUCCACCGACUCCUUUACCGGUGGAUCUUCCUCCGACGCUUCCGACUACCUGAAGAGCUUGAUCCCUUGCGCGAGCGUCGGCGAGAGGAACCUGUUGGCAGACGCGGCGAAGAUUGUCGAGAAGAACAAAUCCGUCAAACGUAAAGACGAUAUGAGGAAGAUUGUCAACGAAGGACUCUUAUCACUUGGCUACGAUUCCUCUAUUUGCAAAUCCAAAUGGGAAAAAUCUCCCUCUUUCCCUGCCGGCGAGUACGAGUACAUAGAUGUGAUUGUGGAAGGUGAACGGUUGCUAAUCGACGUUGAUUUCCGAUCGGAGUUCGAGAUCGCCCGGCAGACCGGCGCCUACAAAGCCGUGCUUCAAUGUCUACCUUUCAUCUUCGCCGGAAAACCAGACCGCCUCGGCCAGAUCGUUUCGAUCGUCUCGGAGGCAGCGAAGCAAAGCUUGAAGAAGAAGGGCAUGCAUUUCCCUCCGUGGAGGAAAGCCGAGUACAUGCGAGCCAAAUGGCUCUCCUCUUACACACGCGCCUCCGUCUCCACCGAGGAGCCGCCGUCUGCGGCCGCGGAGGAGAAGACUCCGGAGCAAGAUUCUCCGGCGGAGCUCGAGCUGAUAUUCGGCGGGAAACCGGUGUCUCCGGGGUUGAAUUCCUCUUCCUCUCCUCUUCAGCCGUUGGUUUUUGGCGAUUGUGACGGCGAUGAUGACGCGGCGUGGCAACCUCCGCCGCCGCGAGCGGUGGAGGGAGAAGCGAAGGCCGUCACCGGAUUGGCCUCACUGUUCAAGGAAAAACCCUAAGGAAAUUUUGGAUUUCUUUUUUCUUAAAAAUUUUCCCCCUAAUUUCCCAAAUCGAGGAAAAAAAUAUAUAAUCGGAUAACAUUAGGAUAUAUCCUUCCUUUGUCUUUUACCUUCUCUUUUUUUAUCCCCUUGUUUUUUUCUAUGCAAGGGUCACUA